AUGUCUCGUUCUACAUUCCUGACGACAACGUCGUCAUUUGAGUCAAGUGAGACUCCAGCUCUUCCGACAACAACAAAUCCCAAAGCAGAUCAUACACGUGCUCUUCAUUUUCAUCACCGUCUCAUGCCGACUAUUUCUUCAAGUAGUCGAUCCAACGAAGCUGUGCCCGUUCGUGUUGUUCAAUCAUCUUCGACUACAGAUUCAACAACAACAACAACAAUUACCACAAAUACUACUCAACAUAAGUCAGUAGUACGUCUUAAUCCGAAAAGUAAAAGGAAUACAAGAGAUAAACGUCGUGCAACUGGUAUUCGACCAGACGAUGUUCUGUCAGCGAAUGCAUUGAAUGAUACUCCUUUCAACAACGAUGACGAAGAGGACAAUACAAAUCCACACAAUCAAUUCAUUACAUUGACUAGUGUCGAACCUAGUGAAUCCAUGGUUCAUAAUCGAACGAGUUCUCCGAAAACUGUAUUUACAGUCAGCCGAGUGCAACCGACAUUCGAUGAGAAUACCAGACAUACAUUCGAUAAACUAACAAUUUCACGAGCAGAUCCUUAUGCAAUAACAUCAACCCCAUCAACAACAAUUUUCCAGCCUACUGAAUUUAUUGUUCGUCGGCAACCAUCAAUUGAUGAUUCUUCAACGAUGAAAUGUCGACAGCUUGAAGAACGUAUUCGUGCACUUGAAAAUCUUGUGCAUGAAAAGGAUUCGAUUAUUCACGAUUUACAACGAAAACUUGAUAACACGACUCGAGACUUGAACGAUGCCGAACAACAAAUCUAUAUCCUGCAACGAGAUAAAUUAACAUUGAUCAAAGCUUUGACAAACUUGGAAACAAAUUCAUCUGGAGGAGGAACAGAUCAUUCUGCGUCCACAGUUCGAACUGGUUUCAUCACAAGAAAUUGA